UUGGGGAAUUCCAGUUUCAGUUUCAUCCCAAGAACUUUCAUGAUAUUUUACUGACUAGGUAAUGCUUAGUGUAAAGGGAUAUCAGAUAUUUAUCAUUUCAGCGUUUGAUUUUGCUCAAGUACAUUCUUUAUGGCUUGUUUAUUAUUCUUCCUUCCCGGCAAAAAAUAGAAGAGAACAAAACUACUUUCGUUUUGAUAUUGGAGGGUAGAUAUUGAAAAAGAAAGUUGCUUUAAGCCAAAGGGAUUACCAGUAUUCUAAAGGCUGGUAGGUGAAAACAUAUUAAAAUUGGUGGGGAUGACUUAAAGAAUAACAAUGGCUUUCGGUAAUGAUAUUAUAACAACUGUAGUGCAGCGAAUUUUAGAGGAACAGUUCCAUGCCUUUCAUCAGAGGUUUGAAUCUUUAGAAUCCCGAGUUGAAGAAAUCCAUUCAUAUGUUCGGAAUCUCCAACAAGACACUUCCGAGAUAUUGAAUAUCGUUGACGAUUUACAAAGUUCCGUUGAAGCCACCAGAAAGACCUCACGUAAGACCAACAACUUUGUACGACGAAUUUCUCAGAAUCUGAAUGGACCUAAUGACUUUUCCCGACUUUCUCGUCUCAAAACAAGUCUGUACGGGUCAGUUGACAGUAUCCAAACUCACUCAGCAUCCAGUGAAGAUUCUGGUGAAGUGGGACCCAGGAGGAGAAGGAGGAGAUCUGUCCGGCGGAGCCCCAACAACCACAGUCCCUCACUAGGCAGGUUAAAGAGGGCAUCACAGGAUCAACCAGUAACCGUCAGAUACUCACCAUCAGAGCCGGUGAAUUCAACCCAAAAUGGAAUAUCAGUUGCACAUGUGCAGCCAUCUGAUGAUGACAAAGGGGAGCUGAAAAAUGACCUUACAGCAGGUAAAGUGGAACCUGAAAAUAGAGAACCUGUCGGUUUCAAGCCUGUACCACCUUCGACGAACAACAAUGACCAGACCAUGGCGGCUAACUCCCAACCCUUAGCAGCUAAUUCCAAACCCUUAGCGGCUACCCCUCAACACACUGAACCCAUUGUCCUUCAGCCAUCAAGCAGUGAACUGCAGGAAGCAACUGCUGCCCCACAGUCUCGAGGGACAAUAAGCUAUGAAAGUCCAGAGAGGUUUUUAGAAUCCAUCAAUAUACAAAUCAAAGACCAUAACUUAAUGUCUGCACUAGGAAGGGUAUUCAAAGAUUUUCCCUCCCAUCCUAAUUUCCCCACAGGACUGUACACCCUGCUGUUGUUAGAUGUCUCCAACAGUGUCAAUAGCACCACCUUCAAACAAGUGGAGAAUUUUGUGGGACAAAUGGUUGAUGAUGUGGAGAAUUCAGCUGCAGAACACAACCUGGAGGAGAUGAUUGCUGUACUCACAUUCGGGGGCCAUUGCGAGGUCCUACAGCACUUUACCAAUGACUACAUGCCUGUCAAAGAUGCACUGGAUAAGGCCCAUGUUGGUGGGAAAUCUCCCUUGCUGUUUGGACUGAUCAUGGCUAUGGCUUACUGUAAUAAGUUUGCAAAGCGAGUAAAAGUAAAUGGCCACAUAAUUACCCCCAGAAUAAUAAUUUUUACUGAUGGAUACGCAACAGAAAGUUUAGAAAAGGAUGCUUGUUUUGGAGGAGAUUAUGAACCUAAUGCAAUCAGGGUGCAGUCUGAUUUAUUUAAGUUCCUCCCAGUUCUGGAACAAACUCCAGUCAGUGUUAGCUGUGUAGGUGUUGGGGAGUGCAACCAGGUUUUCCUUCAAGACAUUGCUAAGAUGUGUCAUGGACGCUUUUACCCACUAUCUACCCAGAAUGCACCAAAACUAGGUCGAUACUACCUCUAUCAGGAUCCUGUAACCAGGGUAAAGAGUGCUGUUGCUCAGCCUGGAAAUUUCCAGAGAGAUCUUGCAGACAUUGUUUAUGAAUUCACACAGAAAUCACACUUCAGUGAUGUAGACAAGGAGGAAAUUCUGGAGCUGUUAAGGCUUGAUAACAUCAAAUGUCCAGUGACUGUUCCACAGCCUGCCAACACAACCCCUAAAUCUCCGACCCCUACCCCAAAAUCUCCACCACCUACCCCUAAACCCCCACCCCCUCAACCUGAAAUUCAGCCCGCCCCAGUUGUGUUGGAGCAUCCUCCACCCAGCUCAUCAGAACCUAGGAAUGUUCCAGGUGAUUGUAAUAUACAGCCAUCAAAACCAACUUUAAAUCAAAACGCAAAUAAAGCUGAGAAAAUGAGAUUGGAUAUCCCUCCCACACCCACUUCAAUGGAUGUUCUUGUCUCAUCUCCAGAAGUGGAACGUUCAGACGGAGAGCUGUUUGAUAAAUAUGGACCGCCCUGUAACCGAUGUCAUGCCUGGGGAUCACGAGUCAUCAGGGGAGAGGACUGGAAGUGGCACGAUGACCAGAAUUCACCUGGAACUGUAGUCGCCCACAAAUCUGAGGGAAUGGUUGUUGUGAAAUGGGACUGUGGGUCUCAUGGGGAGUACCCUCAGGAAAAUCUGUACAAAAUCACUGAACCGAGACAGCUCAAGCGUGGAGAGGUCGUGGAAGUUGGAUGUUCAGUCAAGCGUGGGCCUGACUGGAAGAGAGGGGAUGAAGACGGUGGUCAAUCAAGCGUGGGAACCGUCAUCCGUAAACACAAAAACAACACUGUCUCUGUGGUUUGGCCAAUAGGAAUUGUUGAUCGCUACAGUUUUGGAGAAAGAGGAAAAGAAGUGGAAGUGGUGGGUAGCGACACUACACCACCUCCUCAAAUGCCUUUAGCAGAGGGGCCACGGGAAUCAGACACCAGACAAGCUAUGGAAGGGGAAAUUAUCCUUUGGCAGUGGAUUGAUGAAACAAAUGUGCUUCAUACACUCUCAAAAGAAGAGUCAGUAAGGCUGGAAGAUGUAUACCAGAAAAAGUCAGGGACAAUAAUAGUAGGAUACAAGGGGCUACAACUUCGCUGCCAACCAGCUCAAAUGAAGUACAGGGACUGUGGCGGAAAGAGUAGAACAGGAAAACUGAUACGUAAAGUGUGCAACCAUGAUGAGGCUGAAACAUAUUACUGCAUUGAAACCUUGUCACAGUAGUGAAGAAGCAUUAGGAACACAGAAAUACAGCUAGUAUAUGAUGGAACCACACAUAUUCUUGGAGUUUAUAGCAUAAAAUGAAAAAUACAAGCAGAUUUUUGUACAGUUAGACUGCUGUUUUGAAUGGGUUUUUUUUUUUGGUAUGGUCAGAUUUAUGAGGUUUUUUUUCACCCAGUAUUCUGAUAUUUUUAAUGUAUGUGAGUACAUUUAUAUUAUUUCUUAUGCUGACUGUGUUAAUCUCUAGUCAGUCGGAAUCGCCUGUAUACUUUGUUGCAUUUUUUUUGCAAAUAUGAUUAUUAUUCAUGAAAAAAUGAAUUAUUUUGUGAUUUUUUUUCAAAAACACCAAAGAUUAUAGA